CCGGAGCGGCAGAGAACAAGCGUUGGUAUAUUGCGGUGAUGUGUGCCACCCUCUUCUUCUACACUAUCGCCACCAUGGCCUUCACUUUCAUGUACAAGUACUACACACACCCCGUGGCCUGCCAGUUCAACAAGGCCCUGCUGUGGAUCAACCUGGGGCUCUGCGGCCUCAUGUCCUUCAUUGCCGUCACACCGUGCGUGAAGCAGAAGCAGCCUCGGUCGGGGCUCCUCCAGGCCUCCAUCAUCAGCUGUUACGUCAUGUAUCUCACUUUCUCUGCGCUGUCCAGCCGCCCGCCAGAAAAAGAGCCGCGCUGGCUGCGCAUGGACGUUAUUGAGCAUCAGAGCUUUAUGGUGACCCGGUUUAACUGCACGCUUGGGUUUUGA